AUGCCCCCCUUGGGAACUCUCCACUUCCCCGCAAACACGGGUCGCUGCAGUUUCAUUGCCAUCCAAAUCAUCCACAUCUCACAAACUGGGCCAAUUCACAAGCCGACAAGCAUCGGUCGCGAGAAGGAUGGCAUCCAAUGGAUUACGAACAGCAUAUCGGCCACUUCAGGCUUCUUACCAAUGCAUACAUCCCUCAAACAUGUUUUCAAUGCAAACAGCGCAAGGCCGUCACCGUCGAGGAAACGCCUCAGAGGAGCUCGCGCCUGUUCUUCCUGUCGUCUUAAGAAGAUUAAGUGCUCGGCGACGCUUCCAGCAUGUGUCGCAUGUCGGCAGAAGGACAUCAGGUGCAUUUAUCCGCCACUUAAGCGUUAUCGACGCGCUCCAGAAGGUUAUUUGUUUGACGAAACCACAUUGGAGGAGGAAGAGGCACCUCAACCCGAAUCCUCCUUUAUGGAAAGAGAACAAGACUUACAGUCUGUCUCCGGAAACUCAACCAGUCCUCCCGCUACUGAUUUAGCCGAGCAGCAGCAACAACAGCAAAAGGAACCGGAGGAGCAGCAGGAGCUUGAACACGAUCAUCAACACGACCUUGUGAUUGGCCAGGAGCAUGAAUUGGAGCACGAACCUCAGCAACAGGAUGAGGCCGACCAGCGACUGGAGCAUCAACAGCAUCAGCCCCAAAGAAAAGAACUGCCCUGGCAGCGGCAAUCUGCCGGACAUCCUGAAAGGUACGAAGAAACAGCAACAAUACCGCUGUCUUCGCCCACAGGCUCAUCAGUGUCGUGGCAUCCAUCAUCAACAGGGUCUGUAGCAAGAAGCUCAGGGUAUAGUGGCCCAAGCCGCGGUCAACUAGACAGCCUCCUUGACGUCUUCUUCAAGUUCAUCUAUCCCAUGCCAUCAUACGGAUUUCUACAUCCAGAAACCACCAGGAGAAGAUGCCGUUCUUUUGAUGUGCAUCGCGCCCUUCCUGCUUCAAUUUGCGCGGUUGCAACGCUGUACCUGCGCAGGGAAGUUGAUCUCGAUCUCAAUCAUCGACUGGACUCGAGUCGAAGAACGCUGAACAACAAAGUUGCCUCCGCUGAGGAUACGGGCACGUGGAUCAGGAUGGCCGAGGAGAGCAUCUGGAGAAGUCUCGAAUCGCCGAGUAUCACCAAACUCCAGGCCCUUCUCCUCGUAAUUCACUAUUACAUAGAGACGGAGCUUUUUCAGAGAGCUUUUAUGUUGACAGCCACGGCUGCUCGCUUCGCCACGACGAUGCGACUCAAUUACGAGCGACAUGACCUUCAGCCAGUUGCGCGAGAGGUGCGCCGUCGUACUCUCUGGUCCCUAAAAAUGGUUGAGCGCUAUUUCUCGAUUGGCCUCGCCGAGUUCGACUCGCUGCCAAUGGAAGUCAUCUACAUCGACGUUCCGUGCAGCGAGGAAGACUUCAUGGCAAUGGCCAAUGGCCACGAAAUUCAUGUUACUGGAAAGGAUCAAGUCGACGGCGAACACCAAAAUUACCGCGGUGAUGGGGGCACCUACGGGCUUGUUAUGCAGCUAGAAGCAAUUCGAUGUGAUAUAAUGAAGCUUUCUAGGAAAAUCGCGCUGCUAGAAACGCCGUUAUGUAAUCUCACAGACCUCUUCAGCCACCACUUACAAACACUAGCAUGCAUGGAGAAACCAGCACCGAUCCUGGAAGCUCUCUUAAGCGUGGAUGGAGCACUCCAGUCUCCUGGCAGUUGUAGUAAUGGCGACGGGUCAAUCUCCCGAUGGCUCCCUCGUCUAUUGCUGGCCCACAUCUCAUGGCACCAAGCACACUGCGAUAUCAACCGCAUCCUUCUACCUGGAUACUCUGAGGCUGCUCCCGCUGCCGUGCUCGUUGGCCAUGACUACCAGGCCUUCCUUGAUGCUGAAGCUCAGUGCUUGCACCACGCAAUGCGAAUCAUCUACAUACUUACCGCGCUCAACCAGCACAGCACGCAACACCACGUCCUCGAAUUCGACACGGCUAUUUGUGCUUAUCAUGCCACCCGUCUGAUCCUCUUCAUCUCUCGAUUCGGUCAAGGACCUGCUCGGCCGUCACCGGAAUUCGCUGUUAGCCGUGCCGAGCUUUGCCUAGCUGCGCUCAAGAGAUUCUUCCGAUUCUCGGCACUCGUAAGUCCUAUCAUUAGGGAACUAGAGGAGUCUAUCACCAUCUUCUCAAAGCAGCAAAAGAAUAAACGAAAUCUUCCCAGCGACCAGUCAGCUGCCGCAGCAAACACAACACCUUUUGCGGGAACUCUAUCUGAUGAAACCCAACCAGGCUUCUCAGGGACUACAGCCAACGAGAUAUGCACACCCGACUCCAGCCCAGCUACUGCACCGGCGAUCAACGGCGAACCCGGAGAGGGUCAGACUCUGCAGAGUGAGAUCCAUCAUCUGUCCUCGCUACAGAGUCAAAACAGAUCAGACGGUCACUUUUCCGAAGCUGUGCGUGCUCGACAGCGCUUGGCUGUACACAGUCUCUUGCGCCGAGCUGAAUUGUCAAAUAUUGAACGCGAAGACGAAGAGUACCAGAGCUCCCAUAUUGACGAAGUAUCUCCUGGUUCUGACGCACCUCGGCACCCGGCCUUUUCGACGAGGGACAACCAACAAAGUCCUUCCGCACGGUACAACCAUGGCGCUUCUCAAGAGGAGAGACCUCGCGUCGUUGGUGCAUCGACCGCUACUGCUGAUACGACCGCAGGAUCGCAAUCAGCAAAACCCCAUCCGAAAACUUACUCUAUAACCAACAAUCAGCCUACCAAAGACAAGCCUCGAGCUCAUACGGCCAAACCUCAUGGCCAAGAGCCAACGAGCACUCGCAGCCCUGCUGUGCCUGGUCUCUUCGCGUGGUGGGCUCCCCAGGACUGGGCAUGGCUCCUGGAGGAUCAACUCAUGGAAUUGGGCGCAAGCACGUGA